GUUUCGUUUUUUACUCCUGUUGGAUGUUUUGCUAAUACAUCAGAGUGGAUUCGUAAGAGUGCAUUUAAUGAACACUAUGAAUAAAGAAAACCGAACUAUAUUUUCUGUAAGUAUUUCUUAGAAGAUUAUACAUUUCUAAUUAAAAAACUAUCAACUUGUCAUUGUAAAUGUAGCAGGCUAACGACAAAACGAAGGCAACUGUCUACAAGAUGGCUGUUGCUUGCGCAAUGGAUGCAUUUGACAGAAAAGCAAAAAUUGCACACAACAUUUCCAAAAUACGGCUACUAAUAAAACAACACCGAAGUAGUUAUAUAAAUUUUAUAACUUAUUUAUCUGUGUAAUAAAUUUUUCUCUUUUUAGUUGACAUUUUGAAAUUAGAUUCAAAUCUCAUGAUACCACUAAACAAGUUGGUGGAACAUGAUAUUAGCAAAACGUACAAGGGGAACAUAAGUCAAUUUGAUCACUAUAUCUGUCAGUAUUGCGACGAUAUACGAUAUACGUAAAAAAAUGGCACGAGUUAUGUAAGCAUAACUCAGGAUUGCAUUCGUCAUGAUUUGGCGAAAUAAUGUUAAAGUACUACAGAAAAGCUGAUGCAUUAACAGAUGACACCAUUCGCGCUGCCAUCGAGUUAAUGUCACGAAAUUUAAUUGGGGAAGAAGAGUUCGCUAUCUUCGUAAAGCCACGGAGGAAGAGAUGGAGGAGGAACAUCGACUAGUUACAAAAGUGACUACCCCAGUGUCCCUUUCUGAAAAGUUGCCAGAUUGCGGGAACUUGACCUGAGACCCCACAUUGCCAGUUCUAAGAAAAAAAAACAGCAGAAAAUUGUUGUUUUGAUUUGGGUCCCUGGUGGUGAAAGUUGGAAUCAAGGGCUGGGUAUUGGUCGCUUCGGGACUUUCACCAAUACGUCGUUUCUUAGAACUGGCAAGGUGGGGUCUCAGGUCCAGUUUCCGCAAUCUGGCAACUUUUCAGAAAGGGACACUGAGGUAGUCACUUUUUCCUGUAGAGGCUUAUGAAGCGAUGUUCCUCCUUCUUCUCAUCCUCCGUGGUAAAGCAUAAUCAUAUGGCAAAGUUGGGAGAGCUACUGCAGUCCAUGGAAGCUAAGGAUUCGUCUGAGGAUGGAAUGGACGAGCCUCUGCUUCCACCGGUCCCAUCUCCACAGUUGGCAAAUAAUGCAGGACCAAUGGAAGACAUUGAAUUAAUCGAAAUUGAUGAUUCGUCUCUGGAUGGAUUGGACGUGCCUAUGCUUCCACUUGUCCUCUCUUCACAUUUGUUGAAAAAUGCAGAAUUAAUUGAAGCCAUUGCAGCAGAUGAAAGCUUCAUAAUUCAAGAAUGCGAUUACGAAACGAAUUCGUUGAUGUAAACCAAGAGAACUCCGGUUCUUUGGCUCACAAACUAGCUUUUCUCCACUUUUCAAAUGAACCCCCCAUCCACGGAAAUCUACCGCACCAACACUCCCGUUUUUCAUUGCGCACCUGGCAGCGUUAAUUCACUAUCACGGUCAAAUCGCAAUCUAAUGCACCCAAAAAUAAACGAAAAAACAAUUAAGGCCCGCGAAUGAAACUGGUAGGAAUAAAUCACGAGUGAAACGAUUGCACAGUUAAUAGAUGGGAAACAACUUUGAAAACAUUACAAUGACAAGGCUUUUGUGAGCUAUCAAUCGUCCAACAGCGUCGAAAAACAAAAGUGUUGGCACGAUCAACCUUGAUGAAAUGGAUUAGUUAUCUUGGUGCCGUAUUACGCUUCUUAAAAUUAAAUGAUGCCAAAAGAAGAGCUCCACGGUAGACUGACUUGAAGUAACACUGCCAUCAAAGUAUGGGUUACACGACUCGGAACUGCACAAAAUCAUACAACAUUAUCUAUUCAAAUGCAAUCUCGCCUUCAACACAGUUUUAAAAUUAUCGAGUGGGAGAUCAAGUAAGGAAAUCAACGCAUUACAAAACAAGUCUUUAUUCAAUUGGCAUUCUUUCACACUACAAUGAGUAGACAAUUACAAAGCAGAAGCAUAAAACCUAAAAAAAAACCCAAAAAUUUCAUAUUCCAGUCUGACGAGUUCGAUACGAUUACUUGAAACAGCAAAGAUUGAAAGAUUGAAAGAAACUUAAAGAAAACAAAAUCAAAUCUUCACUAGGCAUACCACACCUAAUUGUUUAUGUGGCGAAAUAUAUCGUUUGCAACCUGGAGAAAUGUUGCGGGAUUAUCACGCACAAAGGUAAAUGUUGAA